AUGGCUUCAUCAACCGAUCAAACGAAAUCGUCAUCAGCACGUUCCUAUCAAUUACCAUUAACGAAAGUCAAAUCAAUAAUAAAGCUUGAUGAAAAUACACGAAUGAUCAGUCAAGAUAGUGUUUACAUCUUAACAUUGGCAACAGAAGAAUUCAUUCGGAUGUUAACGCGUGACGCACAUAAUUCCAUGAAGCAAUGUGCAUCGAAACGCUUAGAUCGCUUGCACAUAUUCAGUUCAAUAAAUACGAACCCAAUCUAUGAAUUUCUCGAUGGAUCGUUUGAUUAA